UUUAUGUUCUACAGCGCCCCUUUAUAUUCUGGAGCAAAAGCUGCAGAGGUUAACAAAGCGGCCACACUCGAUCAAAUGAUGCCUUCGCUCCGAUCGCCGUCUCUAAACCUAAUCCAUCUUCUCCGGCCAUGUCUCCUCCUCUGCUCGCUUUCCUCUCUCUCUGCCUCCGUCGUCACCCACCUCCCUGGCUACGAGGGAACUCUUCCCUUUCAUUUGGAGACGGGCUAUGUUUCAGUGGACGAACAAAGGGGAGCGGAGCUGUUCUACUAUUUCGUAAGGUCGGAGGGAGAGCCGGAGGACGAUCCCCUCCUUCUUUGGCUUUCAGGUGGCCCCGGAUGCUCUUCCUUCUCUGCUUUAGCCUUUGAAGUUAUCUUUGUAGGUCCGGUAACAUUUACAACUAAGGAAUAUGAUGGAAAUUUGCCUAAACUAGAACAACGUACAUAUGCUUGGACCAAAAUUGCAAAUAUCAUUUUUGUAGAUUCCCCUGUUGGGACUGGUUUUUCCUUCAUUGAAAACCCUGUUGCUUAUGAUGUGGGGGAGAGGACUUCUAUAGCAUAUCUCUAUGAUUUCCUUAUAAAGUGGUUGAUUGACCGCCCCCAAUUUCUCUCUUGUCCUCUAUACAUUGUUGGAGAAUCACAUGCGGGGAAGAUUGCUCCAGCUGUUGCUCAAUUAAUAGCCGAAGGUAUUAGUUCUGGGAAACAACCACUUCUCAAUCUCAAGGGUUACCUUCUUGGCAAUCCAUUCACUGGGGAAAGUAUUGACAUAAAUUCUCGUGUACCAUUUGCUCAUGGAAUGGGGAUCAUAUCUGAUGAGUUCUACGAGAUGUCACAAAAAAAUUGCCAAGGCCAAGACCACAGAUAUCCUACAACUGCGGGGUGUGCUACCAAUAUAAAAACUUUUGAAGAGAUUUGCACCGAGAUUAGUAUGUUCUAUAUAUCGGAUCCUCUCUGUGGUGAUGAUUCCCCAACACAACUUUCAGUAAGCAAGAAUACAAGAUCAUUGCUGGAGGAGCAUAUGGGUUUACUUAACCCACCAUCUCCUCCUGAUUUUAUAUGUAGAAGUUAUGCUUAUUAUCUCUCGUACUUUUGGGCGAACAACAAUCUAACACAAGAGGCACUACAUGUCAAGAAGGGAACCGUGGCAGAAUGGUUCAGGUGCAACCAUUAUCUCAGAUAUAACUUGUUCAAAUAUGACCUCCCAAGUAGCUUGCAGUAUCACCUUAAUCUUACUCGUGCAGGUUAUCGAGCUUUGGUUUUCAGUGGGGAUCAUGACAUGUAUGUGCCAUUUCUUGGCACUUAUGCAUGGAUAAAAUCUCUCAGUUACCCUGUUGUGGAAGAAUGGAGAUCAUGGCAUGUUGGAGGACAAGUUGCUGGGUACACAAAAUUAUAUUCCAACAAUUUGACAUUUGCAACUAUUAAGGGUGCUGGGCAUGAAGCUUGCUCAUACAAGCCUAAGGAGUGUUUUGCCAUGUUCCAGAGGUGGAUUUCUGACCAGUCUCUAUGACGAUGAGGAAGAGCCCUGCAACAAAGAUUUUCUGCUGCUCAAGAUUCAUAGGCUCUGCUGCUGCUUCUUCUGCAUCAUCACUUCUGCACUUGACUAGGUGGAGGAAACAAAGCAGUUCUCUUGUUUCUCUCAAGCAUUUUCUUGAUGGAUGUUGCAAGCAUUGGUUUAUGGCUCGAGGAAUUUGGAACAUCUCUAAUGUAAUGUGUUCUAGAGGAGCUGCCUUCAGUAUCUUCAUUAGAGAUUAGUUCUACCUCUGCAGAUUCAUCCCUUCUGCCUCUUUGAGUUCUUGGAGAAUAGUUGUCUCUAAUAAAAUACGCUAUGAACAUUGUUUAGCAUCUUAGUAGCAGUCCUUGAACCGACAAGAGAGCUUUGCUUAUGAAAUUAUUGCAUCAUCCGAGCGAACAUUGUUAGUCAUGGGAAGACAAUUCAUUUGGCGCAUGGAAAUUCGAAGGCAUUCCCAGUAGAGGUACUCCUCUAACAUUCUACAGUUUCGACAUCCUGUCGCCAUGUUUCUCCAGGAAUCAAGAUGAGGGCUGCAACUGCAACUAUCUUCACUUCACGACUUUCUUCACCAGGAAACAGUGAUCGGAAAUAGCCAUGGUCCUGGAUGUCAUUAUCUGGUUUCGCUAUCUCAGGAAAGGGAUUUCAAAUUCUCACCAACUCUGCUGCAUAAAGCUAUUUAUUCAACGUCACGUUGCAGAAAAUCAGAAACGGAGCUGAGUUAUCAGCCUGCAUGUUCUGCUCCUACCAAACCUCCUUCCUUCCUGUGAAAUAAAGGAAUCCCUCUUUUAUGAUUCGCUGACAACACAGUGAGAUUUGGUUAAUUAUCUAUACUCUGUUAAUUGCUUUGGUUUAUAGCAAUAAUUAAUCUUCAAAUUUUAACUCAA